GAGUUUUGAUACAACAAUAAUGGCAGAAUAUAGUAGUCAUUUUGAAAAAGUGUUGAAUUUUAUAAAUAUUUAUCAAGAAUUAAUAAAUUGUCAUUUGGUUGACUUCAUUACCGACAAAUUAUGGGAUAAAUGCAUACCAGAGAAACUUAAAUCAGAGCUUGAGAGUGUUAAUACGAUUGAUGAUAUUUGGACAGUAAAUAGCAUGAGUUCGGAACUGAAUAAUUUUGUACAGUUAACAAGAUCGCUUUCUUUGGAAUCGUGUCCAGCAGUUAUACAUGUAGACGACUUGGCAAAAUUGUUGCCGCAAUUUCUCAACAAGGAACAGUCCGUUAGAAACAAAUUGAUUCACUUCAAGUUCGAGCUUAUGAAUGCUAAAAAAUCAUACGAGAUUGAAGUUCUAGGAAAACUUAUUGCUGAAAUGGCGCUUUCUACUAACAGUUUAGUAAUAGAUGCAGGAGCUGGAAAAGCGUACUUGUCGACAUAUUUGUCAGAACAUUUUGAUAUUCCUGCAUUGGCGAUCGAUUCGUCGCAAGUUUGUCAAAAGGGUGCAGUGAAUCGUCAGGAAAAAAUUCAAAGGAGGAAACAAUCGUUAACCAAGGUUCGAUACAUUGUUCAAGAGUUAAAUGAUACUACUGAUUAUAACAGUAUAGUCAAUAAAAAUUAUCCUGACUGGUACUUAAACAAAAAUCUGAUCCUAACGGGAUUACAUACUUGUGGAAUGCUUGUCCAUUCAACAAUUAGAUCUUUCUUACGUUCAAAAGACAUCAAUAUACUAUUUAUAGUACCAUGUUGUUAUCAUUUGGUAGACGAAUCAUUGAGUGGCAAUUGGAAUUUCUCCAAGAACGCUCGAAUGUUGGCACAACAAUCCAUCGAACGGAGCAAACAUAAUAAACACGUUUCUCCAUCGUUAUUUUACAGAUCUGUAUUGCAAGUCGUUUUACAUUCCAUGGGGCGUUAUAAUGCUAAAGUUGGUCGCGGUGGACCACUAGACAAUUUUGCAGAUUAUGCAAAAUGGGCUCUAUCCAAAAUCGGUAUAGAUAACAAGCAGAUACCAUCUGUUGAUUUGCUGCAGCAAAUAUAUGAAGACCAUAGACAUUUUGAGCCAAAGUUGCGUCUUUUUCAAAUGUUAAGAAUAUAUAUAAGUUCAGUGGUGGAGGCGGCGAUUAUGUUAGAUAGAAUAAUAUUUCUGCAAAACAGUAUCCAGUGUUCCAAGGUUAUGAUAGUGCGCUUAUUUGACCCAACACUAUCUCCCAGGUGUUAUGCGAUAAUUGCGAUUAAAUAAAUGAAACGUGAGAAAUACGAGGAUUGUACAGAGAAUAAUAUUCAAUAAAAAAGUUAAAAUAUAAAUCCCCUA